AUGUUAACAAGGCGACAUGUAAAAACGCUGCAUGUGAACCUCAUGAGCUUUCUUAGGCGUGACCGCGCUUACGCCUGGCAGGAAGAAGCGGGCUGUGACCCUGCUUCCGAUAAACGGCCCUGGCUGCGGCGGGCCCGGGCUGCCUCCUGCCCCUCUGCGCCCCUCGCAGGGCGGAGCGAGCCACGGAACCGGCCCGGAGGCUGCGCCUACGGCGGCUCUGCCGGAUCCGGAGUACCAAGCCGCUGGGCUUGCUUUGUGUGGGUUACAGCUUGGAGAGUGUUACAGUUGGGAGGUUCUGAGCUGGAUGCAGUUGAGCGAGGAUGUGGUCAGUGUGAGAUUGACCAGUGCGAUGGGAGUGUGGGAUAUGGAGGAAGCCCAGAUGAAAGUGGAGAAACAACACUGGACGCAAUGAUUAUGGAUGGUAACACUAUGGACGUUGGGGCAGUUGCGGAUCUCAGGCAUAUAAAAAAUGCAAUUGGUGUGGCGCGGAAGGUUAUGGAAUACACUAAGCAUACAUUAUUAGUGGGAGAGUCAGCCUCCCUGUUUGCUGUAAGAAUGGGGUUUCCAUAUGAAGAUUUAACUACCCAAAAAUCUCUUUCGGUGUAUUCACAGUGGCUUAAUCAAAGCUGUCAGCCAAACUACUGGAAGAAUGUGGUACCAGACUCUUCAAAAUCCUGUGGACCAUACAAACGGCCUGAAAAAGUAACGUGUAAAGAAGAACAGACCAUCUCACAAAGAAGUGUUCAUAAUCAUGAUACUAUUGGUAUGGUUGUAAUUGGUGAGAGCGGAACUGUUGCUUCUGGGACAUCUACUAAUGGUGCAGCCCACAAAAUUCCAGGCCGUGUAGGAGAUUCUCCGAUAGCUGGAGCAGGAUCCUAUGCAGAUAGUACAGCCGGAGGAGCUGCAGCCACUGGGGAUGGUGAUGUCAUGAUGCGCUUCUUACCCAGUUAUCAAGCUGUGGAGUAUAUGAGGAUGGGAACAGACCCAACAGUAGCCUGUCAGAAAGUUAUUUCCAGAAUCCAGAAGUACUCUCCAAAGUUCUUUGGCGCUGUUAUAUGUGCCAAUACAACUGGAAGUUAUGGUGCUGCAUGUAAUAAAAUUCCCGGAUUCACUCAGUUUCACUUCAUGGUUUCUAGCCCUUUGUUACAUCAGCCAACUGAACAAGUAGUAGAUUGCAUUUAAUUUCUUUUGUCUUAUUAAUAUCUAAACUUAGAGGAAAGUGCUAAGGUUUUCCAGGUGUUACUUUUUAAAAUGGUUGUUCAUUUUCACGGUUGCAAUAACCAUGUGAACAAGUGCAAAGGUAUGUUGAUGGUGCAGCUACUACUUCACUGGUUUUGAUAUCUUCUACGUUAUGAUUUACCAUAGUGCAACUAAACUCAAUCUGUGGUUUCCUAAUGUAAUUAUCUUGGUAAUUUAUUUCUAAAUGAUUGUAGAUUGGUACUGUAAUCUAAAGCGAGGUUUAAAAAACUGACUGUAAUUUGAGGGAAGUGAACAGAGUUGCAAAAUUCUAGUUAUGUGUUGUCCCACACAGGGGGUUAUGAGGGGAGUGAAUCUUCUUAAUUCCCUGAGAGUCUGCAUGCCAGUGGAAGAGCCAGUCUCUGCUCUGCAGAGCACAGGGCAGGCCGAGUCAUGACAAUGACUCAGAGGAACAAUUGUGCUGGUCACUUUAUUAACUGACCACUUCAGUAAGUGAAUAGAGACUAUUUGGCAACAAUCAACUGAUAAAUAUCCAGCAAACAAAUGAAGGCACUUUGAUGUGAGACUAUUUUCCUGAUAACUCGUCACUGAUCAAUCAAUCGCAAUUCACUUCGUACAAAACUGACAUACAUGAAUGUAUGUAAGAAAGAGAGAGAGAGCAAAAAGAGGAAAGAGAAAAAAGAGGAAGAAGGGCUAGGAAAGGGGGAAUCACCACCCUUGGAUCCUGUGUUGUCAAAGAGUAGCCAGCUUGGUCCAUAGGUGGUGGGUCGACAAAGACACACGAGAGGUGUUGCCUUUAUAUAGUCUUUCUUACACAUGUGCAGUAGGUUGUUCCAGAAGGUUCUAAUUUUCUCUGGUUUGUACCUGUGCAGUUAGGCACAUUCUGUCUCUGGGCAACAACAGGAAGGAGGGGGAGAGAAAUGGCCCACCGCCCCACCUCUGCUGAGCGUGCUCUGCUUCUCCAGAGGCCAUCCCACUCAAGUUGUUUGAGGCAUCCUUGCAAACUGUUGUUUAUGAACAGUUUGUGACAAGCUAGUUCUGACACUUUCACAGUUAGCAUAGGCAAUUCAUCUAUGUUUAAAAAUUUACAUUUAAGUGAAAUGCCUGAAAUUAAUGUACUUCACUACUGAGGUCUCAAGUCAUGAAUUUAAUAGGCAUUACCUUACAUCCCAACUCAAUUUUUAAACUUUUUCAAACCUGACAGUCAAACUCUGGUUCUAAAUACCACUAAAAGUUAUCUGUUGUGAUUUGCUUCCAAGUGAUGCCAAGUUUCACCUGCUUUUUGGGGAAAGUAGAGCUUUGGUUAUUGGAAAAAAGAACAGCUUUCAACGGUAGCUCAUAAAGUGUACAGGUGGUAGUACGUAUGCAAAGAGACCAAAGUGUCUAUGGCUCUUGUAGUCUGUUUUCAUAAGAAGUAACCAACCAGAAAUGAUGAAUAGUAAACAUUGAACUGGAUCUUUGCUUUACCAUUUAAAAACAUAUUUGGCAGAAGUCUGGAGUAAAGGUCAGGGAACAGGAGGAGCUCUGCCUCUACACAUGAGACUUAUUUGGAGAAUAUUUAAUUGUCUUUCUAAGAUUUAGUCCAUGUUUUCUCUUGAAA